AUGAGACAGUCUGCAGGGGCGCCCCCGCAUCAUCAUCACCGCCACAUCAGGCUCGAUCAGCAGCCGCUGGUCCCCGUGCCCAUUCCCUUCGAAGCUCUCCAAAGUGACUCCGUCGACACUCUCACCACUACAACAACUGGAUCGCAACGGACAGUUUCAGCGGAGACAGUCGAGGUGGAGGAGCAUGAAGUCUGCUCCGACAGCGAGUUCGAAACCAGAGAGACGCUCAAGCUGACCGCCCGCAGUGGCGCCGGCUCCGCCUUUCGCCGCGACGUCUCCACCUCGACGCGCCACCCUCCCUCCGUCAGGCGAGUCGCCGCUGGAGCGCGUGAUGCGACGACGAAAGAAAUACAAGAGGAAGAUGAAGCCACUCUCAGAGAGCUGCUUAUUAGUCUGCAGAAGCAGGUGAGCGUUAUGAGCAUAAACCUGAACGCGAAGCUGGACGAGCUGCAGCGCGGCGAUCGCCACCUGGAGACGACGGUGGCGCUCUGCGAGAUCCGCACGCAACUCCAGGAGCUGACCAAGUCGGUGGAGAGCUGCCAGUCGGAGGUGUCGGAGGUGAAGCGCGACAUGGUGGCGAUCAAGCACGAGCUGGACACCGUCCAGCAGGUCAAGGAGGAGAUCGAGGAGCUGCGCGAGUACGUCGACCGGCUGGAGGAGCACACGCAUCGGAGGAAGUUGCGGCUUCUCGAGCAGGGUCUUACAUUAUUCCUCACCUACGCCAUUAUGGCGGCGGUAUUGGGGAUGUUCCAGUUCGGGUACAACACGGGCGUGAUCAACGCGCCCCAAGGUAACAUCGAGAACUUCUUCAAAGGCCUCUACAAGGAGCGAUACGGCCAGGACCUGACCAGCGACAAGGCGGAGAUGCUCUAUUCGAUCGCCGUCUCGAUCUUCGCCAUCGGGGGCAUGUUGGGCGGCUUCGGGGGCGGCAUGGUGGCCAACAAAUUCGGAAGAAAGGGCGGCCUGCUGCUUAACAACGUCUUGGGCAUCACGGGAGCGUGCUUAAUGUGGUGUACGAAAGUCGCGAAAUCCUACGAAAUCCUCUUCGUCGGAAGAUUUAUUAUUGGGGUCAAUUGUGGACUGAAUACCUCAUUAGUACCAAUGUAUAUAUCGGAAAUAUCGCCUUUAAACCUGCGAGGGGGCCUCGGUACCGUCAAUCAGCUAGCAGUUACCAUCGGUCUUCUCCUGUCGCAAGUCCUGGGCAUCGAACAGAUCCUGGGCACCAACGAAGGAUGGCCGUUGCUCCUCGGCCUCGCCGUCGUACCGGCAGUACUGCAACUCGUGCUGUUGCCCGUGUGUCCGGAAAGUCCUCGCUACCUGCUGAUCACGAAGCAAUGGGAGGAGGAGGCCAGGAAGGCGUUGAGGAGGCUGCGCGCCAGCAACGCCGUCGAAGAGGACAUCGAAGAGAUGAGGGCCGAAGAGAGGGCCCAGCACUCUGAGGCCUCCAUCGGCAUGGUGGAAUUGAUAUGCUCGCCGACGUUGAGGAUGCCGCUGAUCAUCGGUAUUGUCAUGCAAUUGAGCCAGCAAUUUUCUGGUAUCAUAGCGGUGUUCUACUACUCGACGAGUUUGUUCGUGAGUUCUGGUUUGCCAGAGGAUAGUGCCAAGUUCGCGACCAUCGGUAUUGGUUGCAUUAUGGUCGUUAUGACGUUAAUUUCCAUACCGCUGAUGGACAGAAUGGGAAGGAGGACGUUACACCUUUACGGAUUAGGGGGAAUGUUCAUCUUCUCUAUAUUCAUUACGAUUUCGUUUUUGAUAAAGGAGAUGAUCGAUUGGAUGUCGUACCUGUCCGUCGUUUCGACGCUCUUCUUCGUUAAAUUCUUCGCCGUCGGGCCCGGUAGCAUACCGUGGAUGAUCACUGCCGAACUGUUCUCCCAAGGGCCCAGACCCGCCGCCAUGUCAAUUGCCGUGCUCGUCAACUGGACCUCGAACUUCGUGGUGGGUCUCGGAUUUCCUUCGUUGAGGAACGCACUAGACAACUACACCUUCCUGCCGUUCAGCGUCUUCCUAGCCAUUUUCUGGAUAUUCACGUACAAAAAGGUUCCAGAAACGAAAAAUAAAACAUUCGAAGAAAUAGCCGCCUUAUUUAGGCAAGGAAAUGGAAGGGUUAGUUUUCGAGAUAGCCGACUGUACGGGAGCAUGUUGAACUGCGUUAACGCAUUCGACCAGCACCUGCCAGUGACGGAGCAGGCCGGAUUGGUUGUGGCAGAGGAAAAAACUCAACACGACUCAUUUCCAAAUCCAUUUGAGAGACCAAUGUUCCAAACAACAUAUAAUUUUAGAAGACAUUCAGCAUACGCCACUGUACCAGCAGGUUCGGACCGAUCGUCCCGCGCCGGCGACGCCGCCGGCGGCCGCCCGCCGCCGCCGCUGCCGCCGCCGCGCUACCCGAACAGCGCCGUUUGA